GAAGACUUUUCAAAAAAUCACCUGGCAUCUCUGGUUGUUUACCUCUGUUUGCUCUGUUUACUUUAUUGUGACGGCUGACGGAAAUAAUUUUUAAAUUUGCAUUAUUUGGAAAUAACACCUGCCGUUUUACCAUAAUUUAUCAUUUAUUCUGAAAUCUGUUCAAUAUGGAUGUCGAAGAGCUUUUGUCUUUUAAGCCGGAACAAACGCCCAAACGUACUUCCGAAUUUGACGAUGAUGAGGAAGAUUCUCCGGAACGCCGGUCCAUAGCUCCUCCUACUCCGAAAGUGCGACGAGACGAACAGGCAGUAGAUGUACGUUCCAAGCCUCAAGUACAUGUACCUCACAGGGAACCUCAGAUUAGCGAACAGGAACGGUUAGAUAUACUAAAGUUUGUGGAAUCAGAGGAACCGGAAGGUGAUGUUUUAGAUGAAGCUGGUCUGAAGAAAAUUCUUUUGCUGUUUGAGAAACGCGUCCUCAAAAAUCAAGAAAUGAGGAUUAAAUUUCCAGAAAAUCCUGAGAAGUUUAUGGAAAGUGAGAUUGAAUUAAACGACGUUAUCCAAGAGCUUCGCUCUGUAGCUACUGUACCGGAUCUAUAUCCCUUACUGGUUGAACUAAACGGCAUAUCCAGUUUGUUGGAGCUCUUAUCUCAUCAGAAUACCGAUAUAAGUGUUGCAGUAGUGGAUUUAAUUCAAGAAUUGACCGACGUAGAUAUUCUGCACGAAAGCAUGGAUGGAGCAGAAACCCUUAUUGAAGCUCUUCGUAAUCAACAAGCCGCUGGACUUCUGGUUCAAAACCUUGAGAGAUUAGAUGAAAGUGUUAAGGAGGAAGCCGACGGUGUUCACAAUACGAUGGCCAUAUUCGAAAACUUGAUUGAGAUAAAGGCAGAAAUCGCCAAGGAAGUGGCAGAGCAGGGUCUUAUGCAGUGGAUCCUAAAACGACUACGUGUUAAAAUGCCAUUUGAUGCUAACAAACUGUACUGCAGUGAAAUUCUAUCUAUUUUGUUACAAGAUACUAACGAUAAUAGAAUACUUCUGGGAAAUCUAGAUGGGAUUGAUGUACUUCUACAGCAAUUAGCGGCUUAUAAGCGUCAUGAUCCAUCGACUACAGAAGAACAAGAAUUCAUGGAAAACCUGUUCAAUAGUUUGUGUUCCGCACUGAUGUCAGCAGACAAUCGCGAAAAGUUCUUGAAAGGUGAAGGCCUUCAAUUGAUGAAUUUAAUGUUGCGUGAAAAAAAGUUAUCCAGAAACGGUUCCCUUAAAGUCCUCGAUCAUGCCAUGUCCGGUCCAGAUGGGCGCGAUAAUUGCAACAAAUUUGUUGACAUAUUGGGCUUGCGGACCAUUUUCCCACUGUUUAUGAAAACUCCUAAACGAAACAAGAAACGUUUGCUAAGCACAGACGAACAUGAAGAGCACGUUGUUUCCAUUGUGGCUAGUAUGCUGAGGAACUGCAAGGGAGCACAACGACAACGUAUGCUCACGAAAUUUACGGAGAAUGAUUUUGAAAAAGUAGAAAGGCUUAUGGAGCUGCAUUUUAAAUAUUUGGAAAAGGUGGAACAAGUAGACCGUGAUGUUGACCAAUUAGUUAGCUCGGGUGAAAUUGAGGAGGAUGAAGAUGCAAUUUAUAUAAAAAGACUUUCUGGUGGUCUCUUUACGUUGCAGUUGAUUGAUUAUAUAAUCCUCGAAAUUAGUUCGACUGAUGUAGUAAAACAGCGCAUAUUAACGAUAUUGAACCUUAGAAAUGCCUCAAUGAAGACUAUUCGGCAUGUUAUGCGAGAAUAUGCAGGUAAUCUGGGUGAUGCGGGCGACUCGGAUUGGCGAGAACAAGAGCAAGCGCAUAUUAUUCAACUGGUCGAUCGCUUCUGAAUUAAAUAAAAUAAAACCAU